AUGGGAGGCUGGACUUGUUAUUGUGAGUGCAUGGACACACUAAGCGUUGAGCUGUAAUCAGAAAAGAUCCACAGAUAUAUGAAAUUUAGUUUGAGGAGCUGAAACAUUUAAGUGUAACAAGCAAAAACAGAAGACAACUACUGAGCUACUGAGCUGAUAAUGAGACAGAUUCCAAGGACAUAGUUUUGGAGAGGAGGGCCUCAGUUUUCAGCCGAGUGCAAAGUGCCUGAGAUGAGAGUAUCUUGGUGUCUUAUCCUUGAGUGAUGGUAGAAUGAAAAAGGAAAUAAGAAAAUGGGAAGACAGACUGAGACCUCGUCUGCGGUAAGAUGGUAAAAUGGAUCUUGAGAAAGAGAACAAAGUCCCGGAUACAAGCAGCUGAAAUAAGCUUUCUCCGUUGGGUGGCUGGGCUCACCCUUAGAGAUGGGGUGGAGAUGUUCCGUCAUACGUUGGGGAAAACCCUGGGCCUCUUGGGUUACACCAUCCAGUAUGGUUGCAUUGCACACUGUGCCUUUGAAUACAUUGGCGAAUUUGUGGUGUGUUCUGGUCCUUCUAUGGAGCCCACAAUUGUAAGCCAUGAUGUUGUGUUCUCUGAACGUAUGAGUCGUCAUCUUUUUAAAAUAGAAAAGGGUGACAUAGUAAUUGCAAAAAGUCCAUUUGACCCACAAAUGAACAUUUGUAAAAGGGUUAUUGGAUUGGAGGGUGAUAAGAUCUGCACCAGUUCUCCCUCAGAUUUGUUCAAGACCCACACAUAUGUUCCAAUGGGCCAUGUAUGGCUGGAAGGGGAUAACCUUAGGAAUUCCACUGACUCAAGGAACUAUGGCCCAAUUCCAUAUGCCCUGAUCCGAGGUCGUGUUUGCUGGAAGCUCUGGCCGCUGCAUAGUUUUGGCACUCUGAGUGAAAGCCCGAUGAAACGCAUCAUUAAAGCUCAGAGAGACUCAAACUCGGAUUGACACACUCAAUUGUUUAUUUUUCUGUGCUUAGUUUAAAACCUCUUUUUAAUAAAAUGGUUACGUAGCCAA